AUGACCACCUACUACCCCGAUUCGCCGACGAUCUCACAGGAGGAAAUCACGGCAAUUGGUGACUUGAUGGAGAAGAAGGGACUUGCGUUGGAGAAUACUAGAAUCCGGAAGACACCCUCGGGUGAUUUUGAGCUUUUGAUCGCAUCUGGUGUUUCCAACCCCCCUGUAAGGGACCGUGAUCUCGGCGACGUGGACACAUUUGUGCUUGAUGGAGAUCUAAAGGGAAAGACACUGCGUCUUGUCUUUGGUGACCAUCAGGAGGAGAUGGCAAAGAUCGCGCACAGCAUCAAGCAGGCGGGACUUGCUGCUGCAAAUGACAACCAGAAGAAGAUGUUGGAUUCAUAUGCUCUCUCAUUUGGCGCCGGAUCCAUUGAGGCUUUCAAGGAGAGCCAGCGUAUUUGGGUUAAGGACCAAAAGCCUGUGCUGGAGACGAACCUGGGAUUUGUUGAAACAUACAGAGACCCCCAUGGUGUGCGCGGAGAAUGGGAAGGCUUCGUUGCUUUGGUUAAUCUGGAGCGCACCCGAGCCUUUGGUACCCUGGUUGACAGUGCUGAGAGCAUGAUUCCCAAGCUGCCCUGGGGUAAAGACUUUGAGAAAGACAAGUUCCUCAGCCCCGACUUCACAUCAUUGGAGGUCUUGAGUUUCGCCUGCUCGGGUCUCCCAGCUGGCAUCAACCUGCCCAACUAUGAUGACAUUCGGCAGAACCUUGGCUUCAAGAAUGUGUCUCUGGGCAAUGUUCUCAGCGCCAAGGCUCCUAACGAGCCUAUUCCUUUCAUUGCUGAGAGUGACCAGGAGGUCUUCCGCGCAUUCCGGGACCCGGCCUUUGAGGUCCAGGUCGGCAUCCACGAAUUGCUUGGUCAUGGAACUGGUAAGCUGUUGCAGGAGACAGCGCCAGGGGAGUACAACUUUGACAUUAAGAACCCACCCAUCAGCCCCGUCACCAACAAGCCCGUGUCGACCUGGUACAAGCCUGGACAGACAUGGAGCUCGGUCUUUGGUUCCAUUGCUUCCUCAUAUGAGGAGUGCCGUGCCGAGUGCGUGGCCAUGGCGCUUGGCUGCGACUUUGGCAUCCUGAAGAUAUUCGGGUUCGGCGAUGGCAAGGAAGACUUGGCUGGUGAGGCCGGCGACGUUCUGUUCGCAGCCUACCUUUCCAUGGCUCGCGCCGGUCUGGUUGCCCUCGAGUUCUGGGAUCCGAAGACCCAGAAAUGGGGCCAGGCACACAUGCAGGCUCGGUACAGUAUUCUGCGCACUUUCCUCGGUGCCGGUGACGACUUUGUCAAGUUGUCUUACAGCAAGGAGGAUCUCUCUGAUCUGGAGAUCCGUCUUGACCGGUCCAAGAUCCUGACUCAUGGACGCCCCGCCGUGGAGAAGUACCUUCAGAAGCUGCAUGUCUACAAGAGUACCGCAGACAUUGAGGCUGGUAAGGGCUUGUACGACGAUAUUACCUCUGUUGACAGCUGGUGGGGAACCACCGUUCGUGAGGUUGUUUUGAAGAACAAGGUCCCACGCAAGGUCUUUGUACAGGCCAAUACUAUUCUCGAGGGCGAUCAGGUCAGCUUGAAGGAGUAUGAACCGACUCUCGAGGGUCUGAUUCAGAGCUUUGCAGAGCGUAAUGUCUGA